CUGGAAAUAUUCUUUUUAAAUUUCUUGUGACUAUGUUGAUUCUGCUUUAAUGAACAUUUUGUAAGCAUUUAAACUCUGUGUAUACAAAAUGGAUUCAUGGCUUUCACCUAUAAUCAGAUUCAUCCCUACUGUUCUCAGUUUAGUGAAAGGAUCCACAGUCAACUCAUUUCUUUCCUUGAAAUCAUGGAAGUCCAUGCCGAAAUGGCUUUCCUGGCAACAUAGGUACUUGGCAAUAUUGCAUAGCACAGAAGUCCACCUUGCAAAAGCUCUCAGAUCUCUCCCACACACUGUCUCUUUUGAAGCUGUGUUGAUUAUCUUUUCAUAUUCGUCUCUGUGCCCUGACAGGACAUCCUGCUCAUUUUAAACCAAAAAGUUGUUAAAUAUGCUGUUUUUUCUGUCUAAACAAUUAUAUUUUCAAUUGAUCACCACUUUUCCAUUGAUGAAAUCUUCCACAUGUAGAGAUGUGAGAGGCAAACAUACUUCAAAGUGGAGAAACCUUCCUGGAUUUGAACGCUGCCCCAGGACGACCUAGAGAGAUCCCAGCUCCCAGCCCACUGAGUGGCUUCAUCCUCACUGGUGGGUGUCCUCCAAAGCCCUGGAAACAGACUCUUGGGAGCCAGACGGAGGGAAACGCAGGAAGAAGUCUGGACGAAGAGGAAGAGGAAGGAGAAGAAGUCAGGGAUGGCUCUCACUCAGGUACGGUUGACAUUCAGGGAUGUGGCCAUAGAAUUCUCUCAGGAGGAGUGGAGAUGCCUGGACCCUACUCAGAGGGCUUUGUACAGGGACGUGAUGUUGGAGAACUACUGGAGCCUUGUUUCUCUGGGACUGUGUCAUUUUGAUAUGAAUAUUAUCUCCAUGUUGGAGGAAGGGAAAGAGCCCUGGACUGUGAAGAGCUAUUUGAAAAUAGCAAGAAAACCAAGAAUGCGGGAAUGUGUCAAAGGUGUGGUCACAGAUAUCCCUCCUAAAUGUAUAAUCAAGGAUCUACUACCAAAAGAGCAGAGCAGUACAGAAGCAGCAUUCCACACAGCGAUGCUGGAAAGACGUGGAAGCCCUGACAUCAAAGACUUCUCCUUUAAGGAACUCCAGAAAAACAUACAUGACUUUGAGUGUCAAUGGGGAGAUGACACAGAAAAUCACAAGGGAGUGCUUAUGACCCAGAAAGAAGGGAAAAGAGAUCAACACAGUAGAAGUGACAUAGAAAACAAGCUUCUUAACAGUCAGCUGGAAGUAAGCUUUCAUUCACAUCUGCCUGAACUGCAGCUGUUUGAAGGUGAAGGGAAAAUGUAUGAAUGUAAUCAAGUUGAGAAGUCUGCCAACAAUGGUUCCUCAGUGUCACCACUUCAGCAAAUCCCUUCUAGUGUCCAAACCAACAGGUCUAAAAAAUAUAAUGAACUUAACCAUUUUUCAUUACUCACUCAAAGACGAAAAGCAAACAAUUGUGGAAAACCUUACAAAUGUAAUGAAUGUGGCAAGGCAUUCACCCAGAAUUCAAACCUUACAAGUCAUAGGAGAAUUCAUAGUGGAGAAAAGCCUUACAAAUGCAGUGAGUGUGGCAAAACCUUUACUGUUCGUUCAAACCUAACUAUUCAUCAGGUAAUCCAUACUGGAGAGAAACCUUACAAAUGUCAUGAGUGCGGCAAGGUCUUCAGGCACAAUUCAUACCUUGCAACUCAUCGGCGAAUUCAUACUGGAGAGAAACCUUACAAGUGUAAUGAGUGUGGAAAAGCCUUUAGAGGACAUUCAAACCUAACUACCCAUCAGUUAAUCCAUACUGGAGAAAAACCGUUCAAAUGUAAUGAAUGUGGCAAGCUCUUCACUCAGAAUUCACACCUUAUAAGUCAUUGGAGAAUUCACACUGGAGAGAAACCUUACAAGUGCAAUGAGUGCGGUAAAGCUUUUAGUGUUCGUUCAAGCCUAGCUAUUCAUCAGACAAUCCACACUGGAGAAAAACCUUACAAAUGUAAUGAGUGUGGCAAAGUCUUUAGGUACAAUUCUUACCUUGGAAGGCAUCGGAGAGUUCAUACUGGUGAGAAACCUUACAAGUGUAAUGAAUGUGGCAAAGCCUUUAGUAUGCAUUCAAACCUAGCUACCCAUCAGGUCAUUCAUACUGGAACAAAACCUUUCAAAUGUAAUGAAUGCAGCAAGGUUUUCACUCAGAAUUCACAACUUGCAAAUCAUCGAAGAAUUCAUACUGGAGAGAAACCUUACAAGUGUAAUGAGUGUGGGAAAGCCUUCAGUGUUCGUUCAAGCCUAACUACCCAUCAGGCAAUCCAUUCUGGAGAGAAACCUUACAAAUGUAUUGAAUGUGGCAAGAGCUUCACUCAGAAAUCACACCUUAGAAGUCAUCGGGGAAUUCAUUCCGGAGAGAAACCUUACAAGUGUAGUGAAUGUGGUAAAGUCUUUGCUCAAACGUCACAACUUGCACGGCAUUGGAGAGUUCAUACUGGAGAAAAGCCUUACAAGUGUAAUGACUGUGGCAGAGCCUUUAGUGAUCGUUCGAGCCUAACUUUUCAUCAGGCAAUACAUACUGGAGAGAAACCUUACAAGUGUCAUGAAUGUGGCAAGGUUUUUAGGCACAAUUCGUACCUUGCAACUCAUCGGCGAAUUCAUACUGGAGAGAAACCUUACAAGUGUAAUGAGUGUGGCAAAGCCUUUAGUAUGCAUUCAAACCUAACUACCCAUAAGGUCAUCCAUACUGGAGAGAAGCCUUACAAAUGUAACGAAUGUGGCAAGGUCUUCACUCAGAAUUCACACCUUGCAAAUCAUCAAAGGACUCACACUGGAGAGAAACCUUACCGAUGCAAUGAGUGUGGGAAAGCCUUCAGUGUUCGUUCAAGCCUAACCACCCAUCAGGCAAUUCAUACCGGAAAAAAACCUUACAAAUGUAAUGAAUGUGGCAAGGUCUUCACUCAAAAUGCGCACCUGGCCAAUCACCGAAGAAUUCAUACUGGGGAGAAACCUUACAGGUGUACAGAGUGUGGGAAAGCCUUUAGGGUACGGUCAAGUCUGACUACCCAUAUGGCAAUCCACACUGGAGAAAAACGUUACAAAUGUAACGAGUGUGGCAAGGUCUUCAGGCAGAGUUCAAAUCUUGCAAGUCAUCACAGAAUGCACACUGGAGAAAAACCUUACAAAUGAGUGUGGCAAGGCCACUCGUUACCGUUCACUUCAGGUCGGUUAAUUCAUUCUUGAGAGAAUCCUUAAAAAUGCAGUGAUGGUGGCCAGCCCUCAUGGGUUUAAGCAUUAACAGAUAUGAGAGGCCAGAAUAAAGAGGCAUCAUGUACACAUAUGUGGCAGAGGGUUUAUCCAGGCCUCACAGGUUACUAGGCGUCAAAAUAUAUGUCUUCGAUGAAACCAAACACAUGUAAUGUGCAUCCAGUGACUAACUGGCCAGUACCCAGUGACUAACGGUAAGUGAGGAUUCCUUUUAGGAAUAACUGUCUCUGGUUUCCCUGUUUGCCUUGAUGUUAUACACUGUAGAAUACUUACAAGUCCAAAUACGCUAAAAAUUAUAUAUUUUUAACUCAUAUAUGAAAAGGUUGCAGGAUAUUUGUAGGCAGUCAGUUACCUUCAGCUUAUAAGAUGUUGUAUUGAAUUAUUUAAGUUUUUUUUUUUUUUUUAAAAAAACUAUUGAGUUUCGGUGUGAACUUUGAAAUCUGUUAUUGUGCAUCCUUACCCACCUUCCAUGGUGUUUUUUUUGGAAAAAUCAUUGGGAUAGAAGCACUCACUUAAUUGGGGGAAGGAUUAUUGCUAUCCAGUUUGUGAAGGAGGAGGGACUUUGCUUUUAAAAUUAAAUAUUGUCUGAAUUAGCGUUUGGGAGUGGUGAAAAACAGUGUAAAACUAUGAUGUCACUCACCAUUCUGAUUAUGUCCAGGGUGCCGUUCUCCUACCAGGAGAGUACUGUGGUUUAGAGGAAAGAAAUGGUCUAUCAGCUGAACGUGAAAUGGAGCAGGCCAACACCCUAGGACUUUUGUGGGAGGAGGGUAAUAGGGGAUUAGAGACUGUGUGGUAGAAAUAAUGCAGGAGAAAACGUCGCCCCUUAUCCAUUAAAGAGCAAUACCUGUUGUUUAGCAAAGAGUGAUGAAAAAUUAGUCUUGUUUUUGAAAUUGAAGAGAGAGGCCGGGCGUGGUGGCUUACGCCUAUAAUUCCAGCACUUUGGGAGGCUGAGAUGGGUGGAUCACCUGAGGCCAGGAGUUUGAGACCAGCCUGACCAACAUGGAGAAACCCCGUCUCUACUAAAAAUACAAAAUUAGCCAGGUGUGGUGGCGCAUGCCUGUAAUCCCAGCUAUUUGGGAGGCUGCAGCAGGAGAAUCGCUUGAACCCAGGAGGUGGAGGUAGUGGUGAGCCGAGAUUGCGCGAUUGCACUCCAGCCUGGGCAACAAAAGCGAAACUCUUGUCUUAAAAGAAAUUAAAGAGAGAGAAGUUGUCAGAGUCAAGAGUUUAAUCAACAGAACUAGAGUAACAUAUUCUUCAGUAGAACUCACAUUAUCUUCUUGAAGUACAUUUUGCUAAUGUUUUAUUCAGAAUGUAUCAUAGGUAUGUUUUAACUAAUAAAAUGGAAUUGGUUUUUCUCUA